AUGAUACAGACACAUAUGCAACUCCCUUUUAUGGGCACAGUUGCCGCCGAUGACUUUUAUCAUGGAACAAGAGCAGCAUUGGCUGGUGGAACAACCAUGAUCAUUGACUUUGCUAUUCCACCAAAAGAAAGUACUCCAUUAGAUGCUUAUAAACAAUGGAGGGAAUGGGCAGACCCUAAAGUUCGGUUUUUUUCGGUUAAGAAAUUUUUUAAAAAUAAACAGGUUUGUUGUGACUAUGGCCUUUCUAUGGCUAUUACUAAUUGGAAUGAAAAAAUAGCUGAGGAAAUGGAAAUAUUGGUUAAGCAAGAAUUUGGAAUCAAUUCCUUCAAAUUUUUUCUCGCCUACGAAACUGUUUUUAUGGGCCUCAAACAGUGUGCAAAAUUAAGAGCUUUAGCACGUGUCCACGCAGAAAACGGGCAUGUUAUAGCCGAAAAACAAAAGGAAUUGUUAGAAAUUGGAAUUACUGGGCCUGAAGGACAUGUUCAAUCAAGACCUGAACAGUUAGAAGCUGAAGCUACCAAUAGAGCUUGUACUAUUGCAAAAAUGGCAAAUUGCCCUCUCUAUGUUGUUCACGUUAUGACUAAAGGAGCAGCAUCUGCUAUAGCUGCCCAAAGGCAAGGUAAUGGAGGUCUUCCAAUUUUCGGAGAGCCAAUAGCUGCCGGAUUGGCGCUUGAUGGAUCACAUUAUUUUAAUGAAGAUUUUAGUCAUGCAGCUGCAUUUGUGCUUUCACCUCCUCUGAGCAAAGACCCGAGCACUCCAAAUGCUUUAAUGGAUUUAUUGGCAUGCGGGCAACUAGAUUUAGUCGCCACAGACAACUGUACUUUUACUUGUCAGCAAAAGAGAAUGGGUCUUGGGGAUUUUACGAAAAUUCCGAAUGGUGUGAACGGUGUUGAGGACCGAAUGUCACUAGUUUGGGAAAAGGGUGUCUGCAGUGGAAAAUUAAAUCCAAUGCGUUUUGUGGCUGUUACUAGUACAAUGGCAGCAAAAAUAUUUAAUAUUUAUCCACAAAAGGGAAGAAUACAGGAAGGGUCUGAUGCAGAUAUUGUUAUAUGGAAUCCAAAUUCUAAUAGAAAAAUUUCUGCAAAAACUCAUCAUCAUGCUACAGAUUUUAAUGUUUUUGAAGGAAUGGAAGUACGUGGAGUACCAGAAGUGACUAUUUCUCGAGGAAAUGUUGUUUGGAAUUGUGGUGAACUUAAAGUUGAACCUGGAUGGGGAAAGUUUGUUCCUCUACUAGCGAAUUGCCCAUAUAUUUUUGGAGCACAAGAAACACGUGAAAAAGUAUUUAAACUUUUAUUUGGAGUAAAUUUAGAAAAUAUAGUAAAGGGAUCAGGGUUGCCGCCCGAAACCCGAUACUUGAAACCCGAAAUCCGGCAUUUUUUUGCACCAGAAACCCUUGACCCGGAAUGA